CAUUUCUGGACUGUGACGUUCUUCGUGGAUCAUCUCAGUGACUUUCAUAACAGAUUGAAAAGACUCAAGUCGUCGGGAUAAGUCAAAAUUCCCACCGCCAAUGCCAAAUUUGCUGUCACUCCCACAGCAGCUAUAUUUGAAACUCCAUUGCAGCAGUGGUGAUGAAACAGGGGGCUAUGGAGCAAUGGAGUUUGUGAAAGAGGAGAGUGAGAUCAUGAGUGAUCCAGAAGUCUGCAGAAUUAAACAUGAAGAUACUGAGGAACUAAUAGACAUGAUGGAAUUGAAGGAGGAAAGUCAAGAGCUGGAAAUACUUUCACAGACUGAAAACAAGUUCACACAGAAAAAUACUGACAGAGCAGAAGCCAAAACGUCUUUCAACUGCAGUCAGUGUGGAAAGAGUUUCUUACAUAAAGCAGCUCUUAAGGACCACAGGAGAAUGCACAAUGGAGAAAAACCUUUUGCAUGUUAUGAGUGUGGAAAGAGUUGCACACGCAAAAGAGACCUUAAUCGUCACAUGAGAGUUCAUACUGGAGAGAAGCUGCACGUGUGUGAUCAGUGUGGAAAGAGUUUCACUCGUAAAGAAAGCUUUAAGAUGCACAUAAGAAUGCACACUGGAGAGAAACCCCACACUUGUGAUCAGUGUGGAAAGAGUUUCACAUGUAACGCAAUCCUUAAGAAACACAUAAUAAUUCACGCUGAAAAGAAGCCGUACACAUGUGAUCAGUGUGGAAAGAGUUUUGCACAAAAAGGAGCACUUGAUGGACACAUGAGAAUCCACACUGGAGAGAAACCACACACAUGUGAUCAGUGUGGAAAGAGUUUUGCACAAAAACAAUCCCUUACGAGACACAUGAUAGUUCACACUGAAGAGAAGCCACACUCAUGUUACCAGUGUGGAAAGAGAUUCAAAUGUGAAGUAAUACUUAGGAAUCACAUGAGAAUUCACACUGGAGAGAAACCGUACACUUGCCAGUGUGGAAAGAGUUUCACAUGGUCAAAAUGUCUCCGCGAUCAUCUGCUCUCUCACUCUGGAGAAAGACCAUUUUACAGUGAUCAGUGUGGUAAAAUAUCUAUUGUGGAAUCAGCCCUGAAGAAACACCCGAAUGUUCAUACAAAGGAGAAGCAUCAUGUCUGUUCUAUUUGUGGAAAGAGUUUUUCAUUGCUGAACAAUUUGAAGGUGCACCAGAAAACACACACCGGUGUGAAGGAUCAUGUGUGCUUUCAGUGUGGGAAGACUUUUACUACAGCCGGUUAUUUAAAAUAUCACCGGAGAAUCCACACUGGAGAAAAACCUUACAAGUGUUCACACUGUGACAAGAGAUUCACUCUGUCGUCUCUCCUGAAAAGACAUGAGAAGAUCCACACUAGAGAGAAACCGUACCACUGCCCUCCAUGUGGGAAGAGUUUCAACCAAUCAAGUCAUCUAAAGAGUCAUAUGAAAAAGCUUCAUCCAGAGUUGUCAAAGUGAGCGAAGUUCAUAUUCAAGCUUUGAAUACUUGUAGUAAUACAUUAACAAGCUUGUCCUUGUUAAUCAAAGCAAAUUUAGAGCUCAGUGUUAUUUCAGAAAACUAUUGUGUUGUUGUGAAAUGGCCCAUGUUUUGUAGAGACAAUUGAAUUUUAUUUGAGACCAUGAGACCAUUAAGAGACUGAAACAAGUUUUAUGGAGUUGGAAACUUUUACGUGUGGAUGUAAAUCUGUUUUUUGUUCAUGCCAGUAUUU